UCAGUUGUAAGACCAUCAAUGACAAUGAUACCUUAUUCGUAGCGGCGGCCGCGACCCACGUGCCCGACCUCCCUUCGUAUUCCCAUCAUUGACAUGACUGCAUUUCCCUUGACACUUGCAUUCUUUUCUUCCGCGCCCUCACGCGCAUGGGAGGGGCCUGACAGCGUUUGAGCCCUGUCCGCGCGCCGCUGCACAGGAGUGUUGGUUGCCUCACCCGGCUAGUCCAAGCGCGCUUUGCCCAGAUCAACCAACCUGUUCCCCCUCUAUCCACUCGUCUGCGCGUACGAGAGGUCUCACCGGGGCUCAUGGAAUACGAAGACAUCGAUAUCGUGUCGCAGGCACAGACGGCGCUCACGCAGGACUGCUCAUAUCUCGUCGCUCUUUCUAUUCUCCUGUGGGACCAUGCCCUGACAUUCGACCAGGAGAUCCAGUACAUCUGGGCUCGUAAGAAGAGGAUGAGCGCGUAUCUCUUCCUGGUCGUGCGCUACGGGGUCAUCGUCGCCAAUCUCCCCCACCUCAUCUUCAUCUAUGCGCCCAUAUCUUUGACGUCGUACGUUGCUUCCUCAUUGCUUAUUGUUAUCCCCAUUGAACGGAUGCAGAUGCUAUCUCGUCGCUAUUACGCAUCAGUGAUCAUGAUCGGGCGCGUUUACGCGCUCUCUGGACGAAACCGCCGCCUGCUUCUCUCCAUCAUUCUGAUCGCUAUCAGCCUUGUCGGCUUGACCGCCUGGAGUCUCCGUCAAGGGCAGCGCGGCUAUCCCAUAACCGUCGUCCCGGGGUGUCAUCUGGGAGUUUCGCAACUGGGUGCCAGCCGCCUCAGCAUUUGUUGGAUCUGCCUGUUCACCUUCGACACGAUUAUUUUCGGGCUGACGCUCUAUUUUGGAAGCGUUUCUCGACGGGAAGUAGGCGCGCGGAUGCAUAUGCCUUUGCAUCGCGUUCUAGUUUUCGAUGGUGCUGUUUAUUACGGGACCAUGGCUCUGGCAAAUCUGGCGAACAUUGUCACCUUCCUGACUCCAAAUCGCCAUAUCCGGGGCACUCUCGCCUCAUUCGCCACCUGUUUUUCCGUGACCAUGCUGGUCCGGUUAAUGCUGAAUAUCCACGGCCGGUCUGAAGACGGAAUAUUGAACGACGACAACCUCAGCCGCAUCGUCGCUGCAUUCAAUCUCGAGCCCGUCAGUGAUCCCGAGUCUGAUCACGACCUCAUCCGUGAGGAGCCUCGCGCGCGAGACAGCCAUUCUCGCUCGCCUGCUGGACUCGUUCGGUCAGGUAUCGGCUCUCCACAUAGAGAUGAGGGUUGACCUCGAGAUCGGAUGGCUCGUGUAAAAUCAUCGGAUGUAGUGCAUAUAUUGUAGUAGUUUGUACAUAUAACAUGGACGCAAGGAGAACGGACGCGGACCUUUGUCCCUGA